AUCUGUUAAUCCAGAAUUUCUCUCUGAGAUUUAGAAGAGCACAGGUAUAAAGUUGUGAACCUGUCCAUUAAAAGUGUGUUGAUGUGUGUGUGUGUGUGUGUGUGUGUGUGUGUGUGUGUGUGUGCGCGCGCGCGCACGCGCUCAGAUGACCAGACUCGGGUGGUGUUGUCUCUUCUGACCGCAGACUCUGACUCGGAUUACAUCAACGCCAGCUUCAUCAAGGGGGCGUCAUCAGACUGCAGGUACAUCGCCUCUCAGGCUCCACUCAACUCCACACUGACCGACUUCUGGAGGAUGAUCUGGGAGCAUGACAUCAAGGUGAUAGUCAUGGCCUGCAGAGAAGUCGAGAUGGGAAAGAAGAAAUGUGAGUGUUACUGGUCUCCAGUUCAACAGUCUGCUGCGUUUGGACCGUUUACUGUCUGCAAUCAGGGGGAGACGCUUCCUCGUGAAGACGUGGUGGUCAGAGAUCUGACCGUCUCCUACCAGCAGGUCAGCCGUUCAGUGACUCAGUAUCAGUUCUUGUCGUGGCCGGAUCACGAUGUUCCCUACGAGGCUGCAGGAGUCCUGGACCUGCUGGAGAGAGCCAGAGACAGUCAGGGAACACACACCUCGCCUCUGCUGGUACACUGCAGUGCAGGCUGUGGGAGGACAGGAGUCAUCUGUGCUCUCGACUACAUCCAUGACCUGCUGGUUACCAAG